UGACCCUCGGAAGUCUUCUGGUUGAUGGCCGAAGAUUGAUUUCUCGAAAAAACGAGCAAAUUUGCGACGAGAAAUGUAGUUGGUUACCACGAUUUUUGAAAUGGCGUCGAAGUUUGCCAGAGACCGAGGUUAUGAUGGGGAACUUUUCGAAUAUCCGGUUAGCGAUAAUUUCAAGUGCUCCAUUUGUCUCAACGUUUUGAAAAACCCGAAAAGUUGUGGCAGGAAUCAGCAUUACUUCUGCUUCGGCUGCAUCGGUCAACAUCUUGAGAAUUCUCACACAUGCCCAGAAUGCAUGGAGGUCUUGACACCUGAUACGCUGAUGCAACCUCCGAGAUUGCUGCUGAAUUGUAUCUCAGAGUUGCGAAUCAAAUGUAGCUUCAACGAACGUGGUUGUCCUGAAUUUGUUCUGCUUGCCAGGCUUCAAAAUCACGAGGAUGAAUGUGAGUUUGCACCAGCAACUUGUGGGAAUGAUGGCUGUGGCGCGGAGAUCAAUAAAAGAGAUAAACUUCUCCAUGAAUCCACACUCUGUAAGUUUAGAAAGGUGGAAUGUGAUGGUUGUGAGGUGUUGAAGAAAGAGAUGGAGGGGAUGAAAGAAAAUAUGGAAAAAGAGAUUGGCAGGAUGAAACGAGAUCAAGAGAAGGCAGCCAAAGAUGUGGAAGAAAAGCAGAGGAAAGCAAAUGAAAAACAAAUGGAGCUUGAGAAAAAAGUGGCGCUUCUGGUGGAACGAAUGAAAAAAGGCGUAAAAGGCAUCCUCGCGGUCAGCCUUCACGCAGAAGUAGAAAGAAUUUUCGGCGAUACCCAAAGUGAUUCCCGACCGGAGCAAGACACCAAAAAUAAAGAUCAUAUUGUUCAGCGAAGCCACCGUCAUAACCCCCCUAUCAACCACGAUAUUAUCAUAAUUGGUGGCGCAAAAGCUGACGAUGGGAAAAUCACUAAUUCUGUGGAGAAGUUCUGCUGUAAAGAGGGGAAAUGGAUUGAACUGGCUCCAAUGAUCGUUCCACGUUCUCAUGCUUCAUCAGUUGUCUUCGAAAAUCAAGUUAUUGUCAGCGGUGGAAGAAUAUCUUCGAAGGGGAGUUAUGUUCCCAUUCCCAUCGACAGUAUUGAGAUUUUGAGUCUUGAUCAACGCCCUUUGGCAUGGGCAAUGUCGGAUGCUAAACUUCCUAAGCCUAUGUUUUGUCAUCAAACCUUUGUUUAUCAGAAAAAAGUGGUUAUUUUUUAUAGAUUUCGUGAUGGUCCUAUUAAACACAAGUCUUAUUCUACUUAUAACUACACUUGCAAGGUUUUUGAAGUUUCGCUAACUCCUCCACAUGAUUCCAAAGAAUUGUAUGCCUUUCAUUUGAUACGUUCUCAGCAAAUCUGCAACUAUUAUACAGCAUCACUCAUCAACCACAACCUAUUCAUAUUCGGUCCAGGAAUUUCUAAUUAUGGUAAUGUUGUUGUUUACGACCUUCUCGCGAACGAGUUAAGACGAAUGCCUGGUUUACCGCAUCCUGGCUGGUGGAUGUCGACGGUGAUUCGAAGCGAUCAAAUUAUCUUACUAGGAGGAUGGAAGCUAGAGGAAAGUCAGAGUCAGCUUCCCGGCUUCCAUGCUCGGCAAAUGGUUGAAAAGAAAUCAAAAGAUGUCAUGAUAUAUGACACAGAGACGGGAGAAAGCCAGAGUUUGCCACCCAUGACACGUGAAAGAAAUGACUGCACGGCAGUCCUGACUAAUGACGUGAUCAUUGUAAUGGGUGGCGAGGAUAACUCAGUGGAAUUGUACGAUUUUCGCACAAACGCUUGGCAUUUUUUUAAAGCCAUGAAAUAUGCCAAGCGUGGGCUAACAGCGGUUGUCUCCCCGUUGUAAAACUAUCGUAUUGUUCCUGCUUUGAUAAACUUUUCGUCAAAACUCUGUUGUUUUGAAAAGUCAGCCAAAAAAGACGAAGCAAAAAUAUGACUGCACAUGAACUGUAUACAAAGGAAUAUAUCUCUAUAAUUUAGUGAUUUAAUAUCAAUUGACAUUAUUUUAGCAAUUAUCAUCUGAUUUAAGAUUUACUUUUUCA